AAUGCAAGCAAGUAUCGAGGUUCAGUUGCAGCAUCUUCCCAUAAACCCUAGAUACUUCUUCAUCUUCAUCAAUGGCGACGCCGACCACGUUGAACGAAGAAACAACCAAGAAAGUGAUACGACAAGUGGAGUUCUACUUCAGUGAUAGCAACCUUCCCAAGGACAAUUUUAUGCGGAAAACCGUCUCUGAAAGCGAAGAUGGCAUGGUUAGUUUGGCUUUGCUUUGUUCUUUCAACCGAAUGCGCCAGCACCUUAAUUUGGGUGAUGUAAAGGCUGAGGAUGUGACUGAAGAUACUGUUAAGGCUGUUGCUCAUGUUUUGAGAAAUUCUGCUUCACUCAAAGUCUCUGAAGAUGGGAAAAAAGUUGGCAGGACAACUGAACUUCCAAAGACCGAAGAGGUCAUUGAGCAGGUGGAUAUAAGAACAAUUGCUGCAUCACCAUUUCAAUAUGAUCUGAAGCUUGAAGAUGUGGAGACAUUCUUCAGUCAAUAUGCUAAGGUCAACAGUGUGCGUCUUCCCCGUCAUGUUGGGGACAAAAAGUUCUUCUGUGGCACUGCCCUGAUUGAAUUCUCUUCAGAGGAAGAAGUAGAAAAAGUUCUCAAGGAAAAAUUGGUCUAUGCUGGGGCUGAGUUAGAAUUGAAACCAAAGAAGGACUUUGAUGCAGAGAGACAAAAGGAGUUAGAAGAAUAUGAAAAAUCUCAUCCAUCUACUGGUUCAAAUCAUCAGAAUAACUCAGAUGCAGAUGAAUACUACCCAAAAGGCUUAAUUAUUGCCUUCAAACUAAAGAGCAUUUCUGAUGAAGUUCCUUCAGAACAAAAUGGUGUUGAUCAGCAAGCCAAUGACAAUGCUGUUGUUUCUAAAACUGAUGAAAAAAUUCCAUCUGAAAUUACUUCUGAGAAAAAUGACGAAAAGGUUUCAGAAAAUGUUGACAACGAUGAAGAAAAUAAUGAGAUAAAAGAUGGAAAGAAAACUCAAGAUGAAGAGAAGAAUCCCAAAGCUGAUGAAAAGCUUUCAGCUGCUGCUUGCAAGGAUAACAUGGAUGUUGUCUUGCGUGAGGAUUUGAAGCGUGUGUUUGAGAAGUUUGGUGCAGUGAAGUACAUUGAUUUCACGAUGGGAGCAGACUCAGGAUUCAUUCGAUUUGAAGAAAGUGAAGCGGCUCAAAAAUCUCGUGCUGCUGCAGUUCUUUCAGAGAAGGGAGGCUUGGUUGUAAAGAAUUAUAUUGCUAUGCUAGAUCCAGUGACUGGUGAGGCUGAAAAAGAAUACUGGUCCCUGCUUCGUGGUAAUCAAGACAAGCGUCGAGAUAAUUUUAAGGGUAACCGAGGAAGGGGAGGUAGGCAUGGUAGAGGGGGAGGGAGACACUCACGCUCAAGAGAAAAUGACUCUGCAGCAGGUCGUCCAAAUAAAGUUCAGAAAGUUGGUACAGCGGCAUAAUGGAUCAUUCGAAACUAUCUUGUUAGGUGCAGGGAGAUUUUCGGUGAACCAGAUUACUGGUUGGUCACCUGAUGUAUUCUCAGCUUCUGAAGUUUUGAUUUUAUGGUUUUCUGUUUUGCAUUGUUAUUAUGUUGCAACGUUUCUAUAAUUUAAUAACUUUUAUCCGUAUGAUUUCCUCCA